AUGGGUCGUGCUUCAGAACCCCAAAAGACCCGGAAGGCGCUUAGCCUCACCAUCGAAGAGUUUAGUACAUUCAAGCAAAUCUGUCGAGUUGUUCAGGAGGCUUGGAUCGAAGAACACCCACAGUCGAAAUGGGCCGAUCUCAAUCUGACCUGGGGACUGAUCCCCGAGCAAGACAUUCAAGAAAUGGUACGGCUGGUGUGGAUCCAAUGUGUCCAGAUGAACAUUUUACGUUCUGGGAACAACUCAUACACGAUCAGAAGCAGUAUUCGGGACCGAUUGCAGGUGGUCCGCAAGAGUUGGUAUAGCUACCAAAAACGCAAGGCCGAGAGGCAGAGACUCAGCACGCCCGCGAACGACAGGUCUCUGUCAGUUCUUCCACCAAUCGAAAACGGCAGACCUGAUUCACAAGUCUUGCCAGGCUCGGGGAGCCCGCAGAUGGGACAAAAUCUCGGUGCCUCUGGAGCGGGAGCACCCCAUCCGCCCACGGGAAAUGAAUCUGCCCGGGCGUAG